AGACUAUGCCAACCACAUAAUAGAGACAAUUAACGACCUUGCUACAGUGUUUAGCAUGUACCAUGAACUGAACGUUGCAGAUGUUCGGCCAAAUAUGUGCCAGCAUUCUGUCGACAAUGACAGAUCGGGCCUGUGUCAAUCAUGCCACUGUUGUGCUUCUGGAAGAAAAGCUUCAGCGUCCUCUCCUGGAGCUUCAUUGCCACCUGCAUCCUCUUGAUGGGAUUUCUCUUGCUGUCAGGUCAUCCCUUAAAGCUCUGAAUUCUACCAUCUCGAGCAAACUGUAUGGGACUGACUGCAGGGCUGCCAACCUUAUUUAUGCCAUUUCCAAACUUCGUUACAAGGCAAAAGGUGACCCAGGGGCUUUCAAAAAUUUCUUGAAGGAGCAUGGCUUGCCGCUGAGCACAUUUCCGCGGUACAUUGGAAACCGCUUCCAUGUGCUAUUUCACUCAGCUGGCGCUAUUUAUCUUCAUCAGACACUUCUUCUGAAAUAUUUGAAGUACUCCUGCAACAAUAGCACAGGUCUGAAAUCCUCAGCUGUUGAGGACCUUCAAAACCCUUCCAUCCUGCUACAUCUGCAAGUCCUUGGGUUGUGGGGAAAGCUGCUCACUGGACCCUGGAUGGCAGUCUUCUAUACAGAAGACAGUAAGCGUUGCCAUCUCGAGCUGGUACAGCACCUUAAAUGCGCUUUAGCAUUUAUUGCCAGGGUUGAGCAGACCCCACAGGCAGCUCUGCUCUCAAAGAAGGAUGCUUUUGGCCGCCCUCUCAUUCAAGAUGACACUUUGGCGUCCCUCCUGUCCAUGGAGAAUGUGGACAGAGUGGCAUUCAAUAGCGUCGUGGCCGUCAUUGCCAAAGUCACUAAAGAGAAAAUGAAGCUCCAGCUGCACGAGUACUUGCAAGGAUUGCUGGCUGACCCAUCAGAGGAAAUCAAGAAGAAGGCAGCUAGUGCCCCAGUACACAACAUUUGGGCUGAGAGGACGCUUGGUAUUGCAGAUGCGCUGUCCAAGCGUGCUCCAAAUGCACAGAUGUCCUUUCUUGACUCUUUAACGAAAUCAAGGAUGAACAAAACACUCGAAUGGGUUUUGUUACAGUCCGAGGAAGAACAAGAGAAAAUGAUUAAUUUUUGUGUGAAAGAGGGUAAAAAAUAUAGAGAUUUAUGCAAGCAGCGGAAGGUUAGGAGAGACCGUUUCGUCACGGAGAGACAGAAAGUAAAGAGUCAGCAGAGAGAUCAAGCCAGACGCAACAAACUUGCUCGGGAGGUAAAGACUGUUCUCGAAAAUGGUACUGGCUUGGAUUCUGUGUUGUUUCAAAAUAUUGCAGGGGAACAGCUUGACAAACUUGUUGAUUAUUUUGCUAGCUUUGGUGAAAGAUCAAAUGCUGCGGAUGGUAUUGAAAUAGAACAUCUCUGGAAUGUUAGGAAAGGAAAUGUGUUAGAGGAUGUACAAUAUAAAGGUAGGAUUCUAAAGUCAAAGACAAAAAAGACAGAGAAAAUUUUAACAAUAUCGUAUUGGACCCUAGAAGAAGGUGAGGAAGGGGCUGUGGACUCAAAUGUUAACUUUAAAGACUUUUGUACUGAUCUCAUCUUAGGUGACCUGCAGUUUUGUUAAAAUAUAAGUUUUCUAAUCAGUGUUUUGUAAGUUGUACAGAUAUUUGAUUUGUAAAUAUUUCAAAAGAAAGGUCUUGAAAAGACCUUUAAAAUGAUACCUCAGUUAUUGUUCUAGCUUAAUUUAUAAAAAAGUUAUGGCAAAAUAUCUUGACCACAGGACGAUGCAGCCGCAUUACGCAACACGGUGUUGCAUAACAUUGCCCAAUAUUACACAAUACACUAUUUUGAGAAAUCUCGUCUGACUGUUAUUUUGUCCUCAACAUCACAAGGUUUCAGAAAAUGUUUGGUUUUUGCAUGUACGCAGCAGCAUAUUGAAGCAGCUAACAUUUCCCUUAUUGUUCUUGCUGUUUCGAUCACAAAAAUUGCCUUUUUUUUUCUAUAUAGAAUUUACCCCCUCGAAAAGAUCUUUAAAAUGCCAUAUCUCAAAAACCGUACAACAUAGAGCAAUAACUAAGGUAGCGUUGGAAUCGUGUUACUGAGCUCUUUGCAUUGAUAUUAUUUUUAAAGCGAUUUGAAAACAUUGACAUUUUUAUCCAAGUGCCUAUUAUAAUAGCGCAAAAGUAAGCUAAUUUGAUCGUCUACAAAGGUGCAAUGGCUAUUUCACUUUUCGAAUCGAACCGAACUACGCAGGUCGCCAUUUUGUUUUGCCCGUAAGUUCUCGCAAGAUCUACUGACGCCCUGGCCAACAAGGGAGGCCGCCUCGACCAGUCCAACACUCCAGUCGAUAUUGCAUCAGCAAGCUCGUGCAUCUCGCGUUACAUCAUUGCCCACGCAUGGGAGAAAGGGCGAGUGCACGACUCCAUUGGGGGAAAGGUGAAGCCACCACCGGAGAGUGACAAAGAGAGAGACCUAACCGUCAGACAGAGAAGAGUGUUAUCGCAGCUUAGAUGCAACGCGAAGAGCCCCAUCCUGCAGACGUAUCUCCAUGCAAUAGGCCCCGCUCCCAAUGAUUCCUGUCUGGCGUGUGGCACAAGUCCUGACGACCUGCAGCACGCACUGUAUGAGUGUAUGAGUGGCUACACUGUAUGAGUGUAUGAGUGGCCACACUGUCUGAGUGUAUGAGUGGCCACACUGUAUGAGUGUAUGAGUGGCCACACUGUAUGAGUGUAUGAGUGGCCACACUGUAUGAGUGUAUGAGUAGCCACACUGUAUGAGUGGCCACACUGUAUGAGUGGCCACACUGUAUGAGUGCCCGCGGGGGGAAGCAUAUCGAGGCCCACUUAUGGAGAACAACACGAGACGGGGCUCGGAUGUACUCUGGACGAGGCCCCAAGAGGUUGCCGCUUACCUGUCUGCCUGCGGCAGACUGCCGCCCUCCUAACGGAGGCCAGCCAGAAGAAGAAGAAGAAGGUAGUAGAAAUAAAAGACAUGGCAGAGAUAGAAGUAGAAGCUUUGCUUCUCCUUGACUCUUUCCUCUAAUAUCUAAAUCUGCUGUCUUUGAGUCAGCCACCCUCACCCCUGCCUGACCGUAUCAUCCAGUUUUGUGUAAAGAUCAACCCUAGAAUACACCUAGCUCUAGAUUCUAGUCUUCUUGGACAAGGGUGAAAAGUCUCGGAGGUCCCGUGUGCAUGUU